GUCGGACAGCGGCAAACCUUGGAACAGCAUCGAAGCCAUCGCCCUCGCACUCGCCUAUCCGAAGCAUGCGAGCGCCGCGCACACACACGCAUCAGAGACGAAUCUCUCUUCCAGCCUCCUCGCUCCUCGCCCCUCGCCCUUGCCGGUUGAACAGGGUCGCGCUCUCGCUCUGCGCCGCCCCAUAGUCCCCUCCAUCGCCGCGUCUGCCCGCUUCUCCAGACGGCAACAGCCAUGUCGGCCGCCGUUGCUACCGUCCGCCCUUCGCAGGCGCUCCGCCAGCGCCGCGAGUCGCAACGACCGAGCGUCGCAAAGUCCUCGGCCAGACAGAACAACAUGGAGAAUGGCGCGCCGAAGGAGGAUGCGAGGAGGUUCGUCUAUACGCAGCAGGACGUCCUGGCCAAGUUCAAGGGCCAACCGCCGUCCCUGCGCGUCUCCCUCCACCAGAACCAUUUCCGCCUCAAUGACUCCCAAGAGACGCUUUCCUAUGCCUCGCCCAUGAGGGAGCUUCUCCAGCAUAUCCGCGACAAGACGGUGCCGCACAACAUGCUUGAAGACUUUUAUGCGCUUGGCAUACAAUUCUAUGACAAUUGUCUCAUUGUCGAGGUCCAAGACUACCGCUCUGGCGGCAUCAAGCCCAAGGACGACGCAAAUAACCCCGCCGACGGCAACGGCGCGACCCCCUUCUCCAUCCACAACUACAACAACUUUAUUACGCCGUCCCCGCAUGUUCCAUACCCGACAAGCAAGUCCGCGACAAGGCCCGGCCAGGCAGACGGCCAGAGCAAAGGACCCGAGGUCAAGGCAGACAAGGAUGUCGACAAGGAGAACAUGCCAGCGCCCGGCCAGUCGGCCUCGCAAAAGCAACCGGCCAAGGCGAAGGUCACGACCGUUGUGCUCUUUCCUACGCCGCAGUCGCACUAUACCGACCUCCAGCUGCUAGCCACCACUCCUAUGCCUGAUGCAAACACAUUCCGGCGAAAUCAAGCCGCUGGACGGAUUCCGGGCAACCCUCCCACCCCGUUAUCUGCAGUUCCGCCUACUCCCACGCUUCCUGGUCGAAGCCCCAAACGCCAGAAGAUGGUCCUUGAUGACAACAAUAUCCACCAGUUUGAGGCCGAGGUCUACAACGCCACAUGCCCAAAGCUGUAUCUGGAGCCGACGAAGAGCCUAGAAGAGUCUGUUGCACUCAUCCAGGCCAUGACGCAUCCGAACAAUCAGAAUUCACCGCCUGCUCGCAAGACUCGCAAGCGAACUACGGCCGAGUUGGCAGCCGACGAAGCGGAGGCCGCAGAUAUCCAGCGCUUCAUGCUCGCCGGCGAUGAGUACCAAGCGAGCAAGACGGCUACCGCCACUGGAGGCGAUGACGCCCAGCAUGCAGCUCGUGCUGGCGCCAAUUCCCAGACCUUCUCUCGUUUCAAGACCCUCGCGACGAUUAAGAUGAAUCACGAGGAAGCCGAGCGAAGGAAGAAGGAAGAAGAGGCACGCCUUGUGCAGGCAAAGAGGCAAGCACAGCUAGAGUCGGAGGUGCAGAAGCGGCGAGAGAUGGAAGCGAGUCGCCAGGCCGAGCAGAAUGCGGCUCUGCUAGCGCAGAGGCAAGAAAUGAUGCGACAGCAACAACAGCAACAGCAGCAGGCGCUACAACAGGAACAAGCGAUGCGCGCCGCCAGUCAGGCCCAGCAACUGGGCAACGUAGGAACUCAAGUCUCUCAGACACCCCACUCCGCAACCCAGCCGCAGUUUUCGUCCCCUGUUGUUCGACAGAACACGCCCAUGGCCGCGUCUCCACUAGUUUCAGCACAUGCCUCACAUCCUAUGGGUGGUACUCCGAUGGUCGCUACCUCCUCGAACCAAGGUGCGGGUAGCCCAGCCCGGCCUCCAUCCUCCAUCUCCCAUCACCCUACUGCAAUGAUGCGCAGCGCAAGCCAGCAGCAGAACCAGUCGAUGAGCCGGACCGGUACACCCCAGAUCGUGCAAGGCACUCCUGUCAUGAACACCGCCAUGCCCGCUCGCAACAUGGCCUCAACUCCAACGCCGCGGAUGAACCAGGGCAGCCCAUCCGGCCCCAUGCAGGGAUCGACGCCGAUCAUGAUGUCCACGCCUCAGCCCGGUCCUGGCAUGACUCCUGACCAGAUGCAGCAGAUGCAGCAGCAGCAGAGCCAAAUUCAGCAAAUGAGGCUACGCCAGCAGAUGCAGCAGCAGGGCAUGUCGCCUGGAAAUCAGCAGCAAGCGCAGCAACUUGCUAUGCACAGAGCGAAAUUACACAUUCAGCAGAAUGGCAUUCCUCAAGGCCAAAACCCUCAAGCCUACCAGCAGAUGCUUGCCCAAAAGUAUUUCGCCAGCAUGCAGCAGCAGAACCAGCAGGCACAGAUGGCCAACCAGAUGUCUCCUCAGGGUAUUCCGCACGGCGGCAUGCCUAACGCUGGUGGCCUAAACAUGGCUAAUAUGAACCUGCAGCAGCUUCGGGCUCGAUACAUGCAGCAGAAGCAGCACCUCGUACAAACAUACGGCCAGAACAUUCCCCAGCAAGCCAUCACCAACAUGCGCCAGUUGGAGCUCGCCAUCGCCCAGCGCGAACAGCAGCAGCAGCAGAUGGCGCAGCAGGGUGGCCAGAUGCACAUGAAUCAAGGCAUGCAGAACCAAAUGGGCAUGCAAGGAGGACCGAACCCACAGAACCCCGUUCAAAUGCAGCAAUACCAAGCCAUGCUUCAGCAACAGAGGGCACGACAACAGCAACAACAACAAAUGAUGGCCAUGCGCCAGCAGGCCAUGCAAAACGGCGGCCAGAUCCCGCAGGGCAUGAUGAACAACAUGCAGGGGCUAAAUAUGAACAUGGGCAACAUGGGGAACAUGGGUAUGAACAUGAAUAUGCAGAAUAUGAACGUGGGGAAUAUGGGCAUGCAGGGCAUGCAAGGCAUGAAUAUGGGCGGACAGAUGAAUCAACAACAAAUCCAACAGCAGAUGAUGAUGAUGAGACAGGCGCAGCAGCGGGCCGCGAUGCAGCAGGGACAGGGUGGUGAUGGUAUGAAUUGGAGUGGGGUCUGAGCUGGAGAUACCAUUUUAGUCUGGCUCAUGUGUGGGAUGGUAGUGGUUUUUCUUGUACGGCCGCAUUUUUAUUCUUUUUAUGGGGUAGGACGGCGUUUGUGGACCUUAAAAAGUCGGACGAUAGAUACCCCUCUUCGACGUGGACCGGAAAAGGUUUGGGACUUGAUUGCAUUUUGGGCGUUGAUGGGAUGCUUCAGGCAUGGGGGUCUGCGUGAGUACGUAUGCAAUCAUGAUGGUAUUUCGGCAGUCUUUCCAUUUCGAAUCUCUCAACUGUCGAUACUCCACGGUUGAUCUGUCAUAAUCGUUCUAUUGUCUUAAUGCUAUUGCAUUUUAUUGCUAUUGCCCGUGGAAAGGGUGCUGAAAGGACAUCAGGCUCUAUUAUGCUAAUGAGGACAAUUGGAUUCGUCCCAAUAGACGGUCAGAUGUAGCCGAGUCGAG